UUAACAAACAGACAAAACAGACAAAUGCAUGCAGAAGCCUCGCCCGUAGAACCCAUGGCAGUGAAAUCCAGAAUUUCUACCCUACUUCUCCUCGACAAACCCUAGGAAUUCUAGGAUUCCGUUAACGUGCCGAUUUCCCUUUCCUCUCGAUUGUCACUUCAUUCUAAUCUGCUAGUAAUCUAAGUUCCCAUUUCUCGCUACCAUUCCUCUUCUGACCGUCGAAUUCUUUGCCGAUUUGUAGCUCAUUCUAUACAUAGUACACUCAGAAUUCACGUAGAUUGUCACUUCGGCCAUGAAUCUAGGGGAGAGUAGCACCUACGUAACCGCCGGAGCAGUGUUCCUGGCCAGCGUCGUCUUCCUGAGGGUCGUAUGGGGUUUCUUGUUGCCCAAUGCGAAAAAAAGGCGACCGCCGGUUGUAAAGGCGUUUCCUGUGGUCGGAGGGCUCAUCCGGUUUUUGAAGGGGCCUAUCGUCAUGGUCAGGGAAGAGUAUGCGAAGCUUGGGAGUGUUUUUACUCUCAACUUGCUCCACCGGCGCAUUACCUUCUUCAUCGGGCCGGAGGUCUCGGCUCACUUCUUCAAGGCGCCGGAGUCGGAUCUAAGCCAGCAGGAAGUGUACCAGUUCAACGUUCCUAUCUUUGGGCCUGGGGUGGUCUUCGAUGUGGACUACUCCGUAAGACAGGAACAAUUCAGGUUUUUCACGGAGGCUUUGAGGGUCAACAAGUUGAGGAGCUAUGUUGAUCAGAUGGUGCUUGAGGCUGAGGACUACUUCUCAAAGUGGGGAGAUAGUGGAACCGUCGAUUUAAAGUAUGAACUCGAGCACCUCAUCAUCUUGACUGCCAGUCGAUGCCUUUUAGGUCGUGAAGUAAGAGACAAGCUCUUCGACGACGUGUCUGCUCUUUUCCAUGAUCUCGACAAUGGGAUGCAACCAAUCAGCGUCAUCUUCCCCUACCUCCCAAUUCCGGCACAUCACCGGCGUGACAGGGCUCGGCUCCGAAUAUCCGAGAUCUUCGAGUCCAUCAUCAAAUCCCGCAAAUGCUCCGGAAUCGCGGAGGACGACAUGCUGCAGUGCUUCAUCGAUUCCAAAUACAAAAAUGGCCGUCCAACAACCGAAGGUGAGAUUACAGGCCUUCUUAUUGCCGCCCUGUUCGCCGGCCAACACACCAGCUCCAUCACAUCCACCUGGACUGGCGCCUAUCUACUGAAAUAUGAAGAAUACCUAUCGGCUGCGCUCGACGAGCAGAAGCAACUGAUGAAGAAACAUGGUGACAAAGUCAAUCACGAUAUCCUCUCCGAGAUGGAUGUGUUGUAUCGUUGCAUCAAGGAGGCGCUCCGGCUCCACCCUCCUCUCAUCCUGCUCCUUCGCCAGUCGCAUAGCGACUUCACCGUGAAGACGAGGGAGGGAGUCGAAUAUGAAAUACCAAAGGGACACAUUGUGGCUACCGCUCCGGCCUUCGCCAACCGGCUUCCGUCGAUCUAUAGGGACCCCGAUACGUACGACCCCGACCGGUUUUUGCCGGGGAGGGAGGAGGACAAGGCGGCGGGAGCCUUCUCGUACAUCUCGUUUGGUGGUGGAAGGCAUGGCUGUCUCGGCGAACCGUUUGCUUACCUGCAGAUAAAGGCAAUUUGGAGCCAUCUACUGAGAAACUUUGAGUUUGAGAUGAUCUCGAGCUUUCCACAGAUUGACUGGAAUGCUAUGGUGGUUGGUGUGAAAGGGGAUGUCAUGGUGCGAUACAAGCGGAGGAAGCUCUUGGUUGAGGAAUGAAUUAUGAUUCUGAGUCAGCUUUGUGCUUGUUUUCCUUGAUGUUUUGGGAUUAAUUGAUCAAAUUUAUUGUUUUGUGCUCUGUUCCUGAACAUUGUUUCAUUUUUCUUUCUCAGCUUGUUUUGCAUUCCUUAAUCUGAAGCAUUUUUUUCUCUUGA